AUGAUGAAACAGAAACAAGUUCAAAAAGCAGAGAGGUUUGCUAGAGGAGCAAUGAGAGAAUUUGGGUUCAGAGGAAUAGAUCUCUUUUCACGAUUAAUGCAACAACGCUAUCAAAAGAGGAAGCCACUAGAAGCUCCGCCCCAGCCACCAAAACAAGCAACUUCUCCAGUCGAAUUCAAAGUCGUCCGAACAAAAUACAGGAUCGACAAAGUCGAGUCCGAGCCCCUGGAACAGCCAAAAAUCUGCACCCCAGCGGAUCAAAAAAUUCUUGAAAUCAAGGAAGAAAAUGAGCUUGGAGAAGAAAAAUUAAAGCAAAUGAUUGAAGAUGUCGAGAUUGACGACAAAAUUCGCGCGAAAUUUUCAUCCGUCGAGGACUGGAUGGGAAAGAAAACUUCAAAAGUAAAGAAGUGGCUUGGCUCUUCUGAAGCGCGAAAAAUCUCCUUCCUCGACCGCCAAAAAGUCAAAAGUAUUCUACGGAGUGUCAAUCGUCAAAUCGAAGCCUAA